AUGAGCUCCUUUGAGGGGCAAAUGGAGGAGUAUCCAACCAUUUCCAUAGAUCGCUUCGACCGGCAGAAUCUGAUGGCCCGGGCGUACUUCCUCUCCCACUGCCAUAAGGACCAUAUGAAAGGACUGAGAGCCCCAUCCUUGAAAAGAAGAUUGGAAUGCAGCUUAAAGGUUCACUUAUACUGUUCUCCUGUCACUAAGGAACUAUUGUUAACUAGCCCCAAAUAUAGCUUUUGGGAGAAACGAAUUAUUGCUCUAGAAAUUGAAACUCCAACCCAGAUUUCUCUCAUCGAUGAAGCAUCUGGUGAGAAGGAAGAGGUUGUUGUAACUCUUUUACCAGCUGGUCACUGCCCAGGUUCAGUUAUGUUUUUGUUUCAGGGGAACAAUGGAACGGUUUUGUACACAGGAGACUUUCGAUUAGCUAUAGGAGAAGCAGCCAGAAUGGAAUUCUUACACUCUGGGAGCAGAGUGAAAGACAUCCAGAGUGUGUAUUUAGACACCACUUUCUUCGAUCCAAAAUUUUACCAGAUUCCAAGUCGGGUGGAGUGUUUAAGGGGAAUAUUAGAAUUGGUACGAAGUUGGAUCACUCUGAGUCCAUAUCAUGUUGUGUGGCUGAACUGCAAAGCGGCCUACGGAUAUGAAUAUUUAUUCACCAAUCUCAGUGAAGAAUUUGGAACCCAGGUUCAUGUGAACAAAUUAGAUAUGUUUAAAAACAUGCCUGAUAUCCUUCACCAUAUAACAACAGAUCGUAACACACAGAUCCAUGCCUGUCGGCACCCACAGGCAGAAGAACUUUUUCGAUGGAACAGAUUGCCAUGUGGAAUUAUUUCUAAAACUGGAAUUCCCUUACAUGUGAUCAGUAUUAAGCCAUCUACAAUGUGGUUUGGAGAAAGAACUAGAAAAACAAAUGUAAUUGUGAGAACUGGACAGAGUUCGUAUAGAGCUUGUUUUUCAUUUCAUUCUUCCUACAGUGAGAUUAAGGAUUUCUUGAGUUACAUUCGUCCUGUGAAUGCGUAUCCUAAUGUCAUUCCAGUAGGUGCAACAAUGGAUAAAGUAGUAGAAAUCUUAAAACCGUUUUGCCGAUCCUUUUCUAAGAGUACGGAAGUAAAGUAUAAACCACUUGGAAUGCUGAAGAAAGCCAGAACAGUAUUCCUAGAGUCAGAUGAAGAUGAAGAUCUCUUUGAUGACCCUCAGUUAAUGCCUUUAAGACACAAGAUCCCAAACCAACAUACUUUCCAGCCUUUGUUACUUCCCCAAAAACCUGAACCUCAAGACUGUCCAGGACAAAAGAAGCUGAGCAUAGCAAGCAGCAGAACAGACAGUGUACAGACUUCUCUUUUGACCAACUUUCUAGACUGUGAAGAAUCCAACAGUGAGGAUGAGGAACAAUCUGAAGCUUCUUUUCAUAGAGGCUUAAAUUCUCUUCCAUUACAGAAGCAGGAAUCAGAUGUGGACAUACCAGAGUGGAAAAUCUUCUUUAAAAAUAAUGCUGACAUUCCAGAUGAUGGUUCAGAAAAUUUAAUUUCUUCCACAGAGGCAGGUGGAUCACAGUCACCAAGGCUUUUCAGUGAUUCUGAUGGAGAUUCAACUCACAUCUCCUCACAGAAUUCUUCUCAGUCCACACACAUAUCAGAACAAGAAAGCCAAGGUUGGGACAGCCAGUCCGAUACUGUUUUGUUAUCUUCUCAAGAAAGAAAUUGUGGUGACUUUACUUUUUUAAACAAAGGAGGGUCCCGAAACAGAGAUCUUGUCACCUCGUGCCAACUGGAACAGAUUACAUCUGGUCCAAAAGACACUUCUGAUGUGAAAAGCAGAGCUCAAGAUGGAGAAGCAACUACAGUAAAUUGUGAGAAGGAUGCAAAUGAAGAGGAACAAAAGCUGUUGAAUCUUAGCACCAGUGUGGAUUCUCAGAGCUCCUCAGACUUUGAAAUACCUUCAACUCCUGGUGCCGAACUUCCCAAACAGGAGCAUUUACAACUUCUAUAUGCAAAACUGUCAACAGGUGAAAGUAUAGCAAUUGAAAAUAAGCACAGAACAUCCAGUUCUUAAAUAUUUUAGAAUUAUAAUUUGUCAAAAUAUGAAGAAAACUUUAAACAUAUUUAUUGCAGAGUAAAUGUUUUAGAAGAUUAUGAGAAAAUUAAGACCUAGAAGAGGAUGUUUUGAAAUACUAAAUCAUUGACUAAUGUCAACAUUUAUAAGAAAUGAACUUUAUUUUCUUAAUAGCAAAAUAUCCAUUUUCUUUCCUUCUCCUCACCCUUGAGAAAGGAAAACAAAAUUCCUGUUACAACAUACGUAGUUAAGCGAAACAAAUUUCCUUAUUGGCCAUAUCCAAGGGACACUUUUCGGGCCCUCAACCUCUGUUAGGAGGUGGAUUGCAGUAUGUUUCAUCAUAGUUUCUGGAUUCAUGGUUAAGUUAUAUUGAUCAAUUCUGAACUUUUUUGAAAAAAAUUUAUUUUACAAUGUUACCGAAUAAA